GAUGGAUCGUACGUACCUGCCCCAAAACGGGUCAUGAUGUAUGCUCCGCGCGCCGCGCCAUUCCUGCUUUGUAAUCUCGCGCCUCCCUCAUCCCAGAUCUAGCGCAGUCCACUCCGACACUGCCCUCCGUCCGUCGUCCUCUCCGCUCUGGGGCUCUGAGCCUCUGACCUAGGCCGCCGUCCCCGCCGCGCAUGCCACCGUCUCCGCCAUGCAGGCCGUUGUCCUUGCCGUCAUCCACGCCAUGUAGGUCGCCAUCCCUCCGCACAGGCCGUCGUUCCUGCGGUGCAGGUCGCCUUCUCUAUCGUCGUUGUCUUAAGGUUUGCGGGCAUGCCGCACGCAAGUCAUGCCCGUGGGUAGCCGGCACUGGCACAUAAUGCUGCCCGUGGUGAGUGGUGGGUGUGAGCGCGGAUACACAAUUUUACUGGCGGGAGGCGGGUACAGGUCUGUGAGACCUGUAUCCACGGGUAAAAUACGAGUUGCCAUCUUUAAUCAUAGAUGCACCAACAAGGGGGCAACCAUGGUUGAUGUCAUUUCUUAUCACCACCGCCCUUUGACCAUCAAAUGCGUCAUAUAUGCACCAAAGGCACAACAACAGAUCAAUCCUUGAAGGCCACUAAAAAGCAUAUCCGGGGUGUAUAUGGCGUGGUGGUAGAGCCUCUCGUCGUGGGGUAUAUAUGGCGUGGUGCUACUGCUAGGGGAGGUUGCCGCUUGCGUAUGGGACGGUGGCCUGCUUACACUGGGCUUAUCAUGUAACAUUAUGGUGGCUGAUGUCCAUAACGAUCUUCGAGAUCUGAAAUUCAUUGCUGAUCCAGCAGAAGAGGAUGCUGGAAAAGUAAUUCUGGAGAUGCUUCGGCAUUCUGAAGUAUCCGAACAAACGGAGCUUCAGACUUUCCUUGAAGCAGCUUCCAAACUGAACAUUACAUCACCUAAAGCUGUCCUAAUUGAAAGAAGAGCAAUCAAGAAACUACUUGCCAAGAUCAAUGGCACUGAUCAUAAAAAGGAAGGAAUCCUUAAGUACCUCCUAUAUCUUGUUAGGAAAUAUGGGAAGAAUGUCAAGCCAGAGACUGAUGAAAAGAAUCAAAAUCUGAAUGUGGCAACUGAAGUUUUGAGUUUAGACUCUGUUGUUAAUGUCAUCAAUACUGCAGAAAUAUGCAUUUCAGCUACAGAGUCUGCCAAUAUGAUAUAUGAUGGUCAGAGUAGUUUAUCUGGAGCAACCACACCACCUCAAGAGCUCUGCUGCCCAUUGUCUUUGAAGCUGAUGCGAGAUCCUGUGAUAAUAACAUCUGGGCAAACAUAUGAAAGAGAAAAUAUCGAGAGAUGGUUCAGUGAGGGAUAUGAUACUUGUCCUAGGACAAAUAUGAAGUUAAAGAACUUCACGGUAACUCCAAAUACAUGCAUGAAGGCUGUUAUUCAUAACUGGCUCAAAGAUCAUGAGCUUGAAUCUACUGAUUUGCCUAAGCAAUUUCAGAAUUAUUAUUCUGUAUCAAGUUUGCACAAUAUCUCUGCACCUCUAAUUAUAGAAAAGAAUAGAGACUACACAGUUGAUUAUAGCAGCUCAUCUUUUGGACUAUCAGGUGCUAGUUAUAUAUCAUCCCCCAUGAGGGAAACAGAGCAGUCAAAGACUAGUUUUGACCAGUUUUAUUCUAAUGCCAAUUUCCAGUUGUAUUUGUCCUUCUGCAACUUUGACAAGGCAAUGUUCUUGGGUUUCUUUCAUGAGCUAUCCGAGCUUCCCUUUGAACUGCAAAGAAAAGCUGUCAGAGAUUUGAAGACUUCUCUGAGCGGUGAAAAUGAAAUUUGGCAUUCUAUGGUCUACAAUGGGUUUUUUGAAGCAUUCCAUGAAUUCCUCAAGAAUGACAGUGGAAUUCACACACUGCAAGCUCGAAGGGCUGGGAUUCAGUUUUUUCUUGCUUUCCUUUCUAGUGGCAGGGCUCGAAUUCCUUCAGUUUGUGAAGAUGUGGUACUUCUGAUUGCAUCACUACAUGAUUCCGAGUUCAAACAGGAGGCUCUUCUGAUUGUACAUGAACUGCUUCAGGAACCAAGCUGUCCAAAAUCUAGUCUCAUGGCCUCCAUUCUUUCUCCUUCAGUGUUUGGAGCUUUGGACAGUGGAGAAACCAAGUGCCUGGACCUCGCUCUGCAGAUCAUCUGCAAGAUUUCAUCUGAUAAUGAUAUAAAAUCUUACCUUCUUUCGUCCGGAAUAGUGUCGAGGUUAUCUCCGCUCCUUGGUGAAGGAAAGAUGACAGAAUGCUCUUUGAAGAUUCUACGGAACUUGAGUGACGUGAAAGAGACCGCAGGGUUUAUAAUCAGAACAGGUAAUUGCGUCAGCUCCAUUUCAGAUCAUCUGGACACUGGAAGCCACAGCGAACGUGAACAUGCGGUGGUCAUCCUUCUAGGGGUAUGCUCCCACAGUCCUGAGGUUUGUUCACUUUCCAUGAAGGAAGGCGUCAUCCCAGCCCUUGUAGACUUAUCAGUGAGUGGAACCAAGGUGGCAAGGGAUUGCUCGGUCAAGUUGCUUCAGCUUCUGAGGAACUUCAGGCGAUGUGACCAGUUCAGCAGUUCAUGCUCAAGAGAGCUUGCUGUCGAUCAUGUUUCAGAGAACACUCGCAAUGGUUCAAUUUGCAUGCAGCCGAUAUCAAAGUCAGCCCGGUAUAUUUCAAGAAAGCUCAACCUUUUCUCAAAACCUCGGUCGCUGACCCUGGCUUGAGAAAUGGAAGGGGUCGGUUGGAUCGAGCCCUAUUCCGCAGCGCUAACUGCCAGAUGUACAGAUAGUAGCAGGUAGCGUUCGUCGAGAUGAAAUGUUUGUGGGAGGCUUUUUAAAACUCACCAUGUAUUUCAAGAGUUUUUAUUAGUUUUUUUUGGAUUUUCUUUACUGGCGCUACAAACAGUAGAUGUAUGACUGUUCGAGCUGGAAACCUGUGCGCUUUUUAUCGUAGCAUUGUCUUGUUUACUUCCACCA